CAAACAAACCAACCAACCCGCCCCCCCCUCCCGCCCCGUUCCCCACUCCCGCCCCGCACACACGCCUGCCUCUGGGAGGGAAAUAGCCAGGUGGAAUCUCACUCUGUUUCCAUGGACAACCCGUCCAUUAUCACCCAGGUGACUAACCCCAAAGAGGAGGAGAUCCUGUCCUGCACUCAGGAUAAAGUGUCCCAAUGUAAUAUCAGCUUGAAGAAGCAGAGGAGUCGAAGUAUCUUUAGCACCUUAUUCUGCUGCUUUCGUGACUACAAUGUCGAACCACCAUCUACCAAUAGCACCAGUGCUCUGCCUCCUUUGGUGGAGGAGAAUGGAGGACUUCAGAAGGGUGACCAGAUGCAGGUCAUGCCUAUACCAAGUGGAAUAUACUAUUUCCACGGGACUGAAGCAGUGCAGCAGUCGUUUCACUACAAGCCACCAGCUAAAUACCUCCUGCCAGAACUGACAGCAUCAGACUAUGGGAAGAAGUGUGUGGUCAUUGAUUUAGAUGAAACUUUAGUGCACAGUUCAUUUAAGCCAAUUAGCAAUGCUGAUUUCAUCGUUCCUGUCGAAAUCGAUGGAACCAUACAUCAGGUUUAUGUUUUGAAACGACCACAUGUGGAUGAGUUUCUUCAGAGGAUGGGAGAGCUCUUUGAAUGUGUACUCUUCACAGCCAGUCUAGCCAAGUAUGCAGACCCAGUGGCCGACUUACUGGAUCGCUGGGGUGUGUUCAGGGCAAGGCUCUUUAGAGAAUCCUGUGUUUUCCACCGAGGAAAUUAUGUGAAGGAUCUGAGUCGACUGGGACGUGAGCUGAGUAAAGUUAUUAUAGUAGAUAAUUCUCCUGCAUCUUACAUCUUCCAUCCUGAAAAUGCAGUGCCUGUGCAGUCCUGGUUUGAUGACAUGACAGACACAGAGCUGCUAGAUCUUAUUCCUUUCUUUGAAGGACUAAGCAAAGAGGAAGAAGUUUACAGUAUGCUUCAUAAACUCUGCAACAGGUAGCCCUUAACUUUGACUGACUUCUGCUACUAGAUUGCAGUAGAGCCUGUCUCCAUCUUUUUCAGCUCUUUCAAAUGUAAGCUUUGGGGAGGUCACCCCUGUCAGAAGUGCUACUCUUGAUCUUCCUGUUACAUUGGACACGAAGGACAAUCAUGAGUGAUGCUCUUAAGCCUUCAGAAGCCUGACUCCUAAGGUCAUGUGUUCAGACUACUUUUUUAAAGGAAAAAAAAAAAAAAAGAAGCUAUUUUAAGUGGGACUCUUUUAAUUAAUUUCAUAAAUGGACAUCUUUUACUGGAUCAGCUUUUCUUAAAACAUGCCAAAAAAAAAAGAAGCUUGUAUUUCAGCAGUUGAAUUUCUCUCCCUUUCUUCCCCUCCCACUAUGCAGACAAUUUUACCCCCCUGCUUAGAGCAGUUGACCUGACUCUGAAUUUUUUCUUACAGAAUGAAGUGCCUUUUUGAAUGUUAUUUUAAGAUAAAAAAAUUCAUUUUUGUAUAAGACGUAUUUCCAGACAUCUUUUAGUCUUGUAUUGUCUAAAUGCUUUAAAAGGAAAAAGGAAAAAAAUUUUAUAGAGCACUGUAAUAUAUAACAAAGGAAAAAGUUGAAACCAAGAUGCUGGGUUCCUGUCUCCACAGUUGACAUUAAGUUGCAUUACACUUUGGCACGCUCGGAAGGUUUCGGGCGUUUCGUGGGAGGGGUGAAUUGGGUUCAUUACAUGGUUGUUUCACCGAUGAUGAUCUUGGGCACAGUUUGGAACAUAUCUGCAGUUGUUUUGAGUUGUCAGGGAAUGAUGGAAUUGAGAAAACAAGGUGGCUGAUAGACCUUAAAGCACCUUCUCUUGCGGACAGAUGAAAUUCUGUUGUCUCUGCUUACGCACAACUGCCAUGCCUCUCGAUUUUCGGAAAACCAUUAUCUUGGGAGAACGGGGAGGAGGAGAUCUAUUUAUUAGUUUAAGAUUCUUUUCUUAAAACAGCCCGUCUGGGUAAGCUGGAUCUGUGUUGAGCUGUUUGGAGUACUUUUUUCUUUUAAUUGCUGCUACUGUAUACUCACCAAAUGGAGUUGACCAUCGGCUGUUAUACUGUUUUUGCCACUGUGCCUGUGCUAUGAAACAUUUUCUGUAAGCUGCAGACUUGGGCAAUAAAUAAAAUGCAGGCUUCAUAACCCACCCCCAUGGAUUAAUCCAAUGGUAUCUGAAAUACCAGAGAACUCAGUUAAAGGUGACCUGUAAAGGGUAUUUUUUUUAAUUUUUUUUUUUUUUCAAUUGGGGUGAAGCCCUCUCCUUUUGUUGGUAUAUAAAAAUGCAAAAAAGCAUUUUGCUCACAUCUCUGAUUUGUAUUUCUUUUUUCCCCCAAGCUGUGAGGUACAGAUUGGGAGCUGUAUCGAGCUUUGCUAGAAGGGCACAAGUUACUAGCCUAGACUAAAAUGGCUCCUCUGGCUUUGGAGUUGAGUUAGACUCAUCUCUGAGUCUGAGAACCUGCUUAGCAUCUUCUGCAGUGUCAGAGGUGCUUUUUCAGUUGAAUAACUUUUAAACAUUUUAAGCCUUUGAAGAAAAGGCACACCUUUUCUUUCUUACUUUUUCUCCCCCCUUUCCAGCGUCACCUUUUAAUUAUCCUCCACCCCAGAAAUCUGCAAACAUAAAAAAGUGCAGCUGUGUUUGGCUGUCAUCAGAGAAGACUAAAUGGACUAUUCGGUGCUUCUAAUUAGCCUCGUGCUAAAUUCUGAAUUGCAGAUCCCCUUUGCCUUUUCUGUUUCUCUCGAAAAGUCUUGAAGAUUUG